AUGGGUAUAUUGUCCAGCCGGCUCUCCCCGCCGAAACUCCCCUCCCUCCCUCCCUCCAAGUGUGUCGGAGGCAAAGUCUUGCUCAUCACCGAUGCAGACACUGGCCUGGGGCGUGAAGCUGCCCGGCAUGCUCUGAACCUCGCAGCAACAGUCAUCCUAGGAGUCCGCUCCGCGACGCAGGGCGAAAAGACCGAAGCUGAGAUUUCACAAGGCGUUCAGGCCUUUGCAUCGAGGGUGAGGUAA